AUGACAUAUAAUAGAGAUAUAAAUAAUCAAAACAUUAUAGAAAUGAUAAUUAUUAAUGAAAAUAAUGACCAAAACAAUGAAAUCGAGUCGGAUUUACAAUUACAAGAAUUGAGUACACAAUCAGAUGUUAUAAUAGCCUCUAAAGCAUUUAGUAUCGCAUGGAUUGACUUAACACUAAAAGUGGACAAAACAUUGUAUUCAUCGGAAAGAGUCAUUUUACGGACAGUUAAAGGAUUCGUAGAGUUCGGGUCUUUGACGGCACUCAUGGGUCCGUCCGGUGCGGGAAAGACAUCACUAUUGAGAGCAUUGAAUGGCAUGAAUAAGACAUUGAUUACCAAACAAUCGGAGAUCUAUUUGAAUGAAGAAACGAAAAUCAGGGCCUGUUUUAUAGCUCAGGACCAAAGGGAACACAUUAUGGCCGGAAUCACUACAAGACAGACCAUUAUCUAUGCCUCAAAACUCAAGAAUAGUGACACUAAUAGUAAUGUCAAUCACGAGUCUAUUGCCGACAAAUUGAUGUCUGAGUUGUGUUUAAAUGAUAUUUCGGCCAUAAAUGUGGAGAAAUGCAGUUCUGGUCAACAAAAACGGAUAGUAAUAGCGAUGGAAAUGACGGCUCAAAUCAAACCAAACCUUAUAUGUGUUGACGAACCGACUUCUGUAAUAGCGAUGGAAAUGACGGCUCAAAUCAAACCAAACCUUAUAUGUGUUGACGAACCGACUUCUGGUGUCGACAGCUAUUCAGCGCUUUUGCCAAACCUCGAAAUCCUUAUGUUAUUCGAUAUGUUGUAUAUAUUGGCCAAAGAAGGGGUCGCCAUAUACUCGGGUCCGCCCCGGGGUUUGCGCUCACAUUUAAGUCAAUGCAAUAUUCAAUGCAAUGAAAACCAAAUACCAAUUGAAAUACUCAUUAAACUGUCGGCCAAAGGAUCCAGUGAUGAAAACGUGAUGGUAAUGUCUCAAAAAACAAAUCAGAUAAUAAACAAAUACAUUGAAAGGAUUCGUACAGAACUGGAUAUCUCUUCGGACGGAAUUGUCAUUCAUUUCAAACACUUUUCUAUCACUGAAUUCCUAUACCUAUUGUCGAGAGCCGUCACAAACUUCCGACGACACGAGUGGCCCAUAAUAUUGCUUGUAAUCACUUUUGCUUUAAUACUGGCAUUGUUUGGCAAAAUGUUAUUUAAUUAUCCAUUGGAUUCGGCGGACAGUUGUAUAGUUAUCAGUGCCAAUGGGACGGAUGGUUGUCCACAACAUACAAAUGGCUGGUAUUCCGUGGAAUCGUAUUUUAUGGUCAAAUUUCUGGUCAAUAUUAUACCCAUUUUAGUGACCAAUAUUUGCCUGUCGUUUAUAAUCGAUAUCUACGACCGAUUGGACGCAAUGCCGGCCGCGAUCUUUGUGGCCAUAACAUUGGCUUCAGUGGCCAUACAAAGGAUCUGUCAUUUGGUUAGCAUAUGUUUUCCCCGACACACGGCCUCUGCAGCCAUAAUCAUAUGUGUUUUGAUUUCUAUAACCAACUCAUUCUUCAUACCAGUGUAUGAAUUCGGACCCGCAUUACAACACUUAACCAAUUUAUCGCCGAUUAAAUUUGCGUUUAAAUAUUUAGUGGUCUAUCUGUACGGUCGGGGCCGGUGUCCGACCGGUACUCAUAUAUCGUCCGUAUUGUAUAAGUUUCAACUGAUGGACGAAGACUUGGAUAAGUCGUGGCAUACAAAUUUGGGCCUCUGUUUCGUAACUGAUCCACCGCUCGAUACAAGUCUUCCAUGUGUGAGAUCUCGACUCCAUGGACAUGAGUGA